CAGAAGUGAGGAGGAUCUGAGCUCCUCCCCCUAAUAGGGCGGUUUUGUUUAAAUACUCCAGCGAGCCCUGUUCAGGAUAACUUGGACAGUCCCUCUGUGGAGUACUCUUCAGAUCCCAGCCUCCAGGUGAAAAGCAUCUGUCAGCUUCUCCUAAACUAACUUCAAGAUGUCCAAAAAAGCCUUGAGUGAGGAUGAGAAGUUCCUCUAUUUGGACAAGGACUUCAUCAACAGUCCUGUGGCCCAGGCUGACUGGUCUGCCAAGAAGCUGGUGUGGAUCCCCUCUGAAAAGCAUGGGUUCGAGGCCGCCAGCAUCAAGGAGGAGCACGGCGAUGAGGUGCUGGUGGAACUGGCGGACAAUGGCAAGAAAGUGACAAUCAACAAGGAUGACAUCCAGAAGAUGAACCCACCCAAGUUCAGCAAGGUGGAGGACAUGGCGGAACUGACCUGCCUGAACGAGGCCUCUGUGCUUCAUAACCUGCGAGAGCGCUACUUCUCUGGGCUCAUCUAUACCUACUCAGGCCUGUUCUGUGUGGUGGUGAACCCAUAUAAGAUGCUGCCCAUUUACUCCGAGAAGAUCAUCGAAAUCUACAAGGGAAAGAAACGUCAUGAGGUGCCACCACACAUCUAUGCCAUCACCGAUAACGCCUACAGGAACAUGAUGCAAGAUCGUGAGGACCAGUCUGUCCUGUGCACAGGGGAGUCUGGGGCUGGAAAGACUGAGAACACCAAGAAGGUCAUCCAGUACCUGGCCACAGUGGCCUCCUCUCACAAGGGGAAGAAGGACUCCAGCGUUCCACAAGGAGGAUCUCUAUAUGCCUACGGGGAGCUGGAGAAGCAGCUUUUGCAGGCCAACCCUAUUCUGGAAGCCUUUGGAAACGCUAAGACCAUCAAGAAUGACAACUCCUCUCGAUUCGGCAAGUUUAUCCGCAUUAACUUUGAUGUGACAGGCUACAUUGUGGGAGCCAACAUCGAGACGUACUUGCUGGAGAAGUCCCGUUGUAUCCGGCAGGCUAGGACUGAGAGGUCCUUCCACAUCUUCUACUACAUGGUGGCUGGAGCGAAAGACAAGCUGUGUGAGGAGUUGCUGCUGGAGAGCUUCAACAACUACCGCUUCCUGGUGGCUGGACAUGUGCAACUCCCAGGGCAGCAGGACGAUGAGAUGUACCUUGAGACGAUGGAGGCCAUGAACAUCAUGGGCUUCACAGAGGAAGAGCAGAUUGGUGUCCUGAAGGUGGUCUCUAGUGUGUUACAACUUGGUAACAUUGAAUUCAAGAAAGAGAGGAACCAAGAGCAAGCAACAAUGCCAGAUAACACAGCUGCCCAGAAAGUGUGCCACCUUCAGGGCAUCAAUGUGACCGAUUUUACCCGCGCCAUCCUCACGCCACGUAUCAAAGUCGGCCGAGAGGUGGUGCAGAAGGCACAGACCAAAGAACAGGCUGAUUUCGCUAUAGAGGCCCUUGCCAAGGCAAUGUAUGAACGACUCUUCCGCUGGAUCUUGACACGUGUCAACAAGGCCCUUGAUAAGACAAAACGUCAAGGGGCGUCCUUCUUGGGUAUCUUGGACAUUGCUGGAUUUGAGAUCUUUGAGGACAAUUCCUUUGAACAGCUGUGCAUCAACUACACUAAUGAGAAGCUACAGCAGCUGUUCAAUCACACCAUGUUCAUCCUGGAGCAGGAAGAGUAUCAGAGGGAAGGCAUUGAGUGGAACUUCAUUGACUUUGGCCUAGACUUGCAGCCCUGUAUUGAAUUGAUUGAAAGACCGAAUAAUCCACCAGGCAUCCUUGCCCUCCUGGAUGAGGAAUGUUGGUUCCCAAAAGCCACAGAUAUCUCAUUUGUGGAGAAGCUCUUUAACACACAGGGCAACCACUCCAAGUUUGCCAAAUCAAAGCAGCUGAAGGACAAGACUGAGUUCUCCGUUCUCCACUAUGCUGGCAAGGUCGACUAUAAUGCCACUGCUUGGCUGACGAAGAACAUGGACCCCCUUAAUGACAAUGUGACUGCAUUGCUUAAUAACUCCUCCAGCACGUUUAUACAAGAGCUAUGGAAAGAUGUGGACCGAGUGGUAGGACUGGAGACAAUAGCCAAGAUGUCAGACAGCUCCAUGCCCAGUUCGUCCAAAACCAAGAAGGGGAUGUUCCGCACAGUGGGCCAGCUCUACAAGGAGUCUCUGGCUAAGCUGAUGACCACCCUGCAUAACACCCAACCCAACUUUGUCCGAUGCAUUAUUCCCAACCACGAGAAGAGGGCAGGGAAAUUGGAUGCUAACCUAGUUCUGGAGCAGCUGAGAUGCAAUGGUGUGCUUGAGGGCAUUCGCAUUUGCCGGCAGGGAUUCCCCAACCGUAUCGUCUUCCAGGAAUUUAGACAGCGUUAUGAAAUCUUGGCUGCAAGUGCAAUUCCGAAGGGCUUUAUGGAUGGCAAACAAGCUUGCAUUCUCAUGAUUAAGCAUCUGGAUUUGGACCCAAACCUCUACCGCAUUGGUCAAAGCAAGAUCUUCUUCCGUACUGGAGUGCUUGCCCAGCUAGAAGAAGAGCGUGACCUGAAGAUCACAGUUAUCAUCAUUGCCUUCCAGGCACAAGCCAGAGGCUUCCUGGCCAGAAAGGCCUUCGCUAAGAGACAACAGCAGCUGACAGCAAUGAAGGUCAUACAGAGGAACUGUGCAGCCUACCUCAAACUACGCAAUUGGCAGUGGUGGAGACUCUUCACUAAGGUCAAGCCCCUACUGCAAGUGACACGCCAGGAAGAGGAGAUGAGCCUGAAAGAUGAAGAACUGAACAGGAUCAAAGAUCAGGCACAAAAGACAGACACAGAGCUGAAGGAGAUCACACUGAAGCACACACAGGUGCUGGAGGAGAGAAACCAGUUGCAGGAGCAGCUGCAGGCUGAGACAGAACUGUAUGCAGAGGCUGAGGAGAUGAGGGUACGUCUGUCUGCCAAGAAGCAAGAGCUGGAGGAGAUCUUGCAUGAGAUGGAGGCACGACUGGAAGAAGAGGAGGAUCGUGGCCAAGCCAUACAAGUGGAGAAAAAAAAGAUGCAGCAGCAGAUACAGGAACUGGAAGAACAUCUUGAGGAGGAGGAGGAUGCCCGUCAGAAGCUUCAGCUUGAGAGAGUCACUGCAGAUGGAAAGAUCAAAAAGCUGGAGGAUGACAUCUUGAUCAUGGAGGACCAUAACAGUAAACUGCUCAAGGAGAGGAAGCUUCUGGAGGAGCGGGUAGCAGAUUAUAGCACCAACCUGGCAGAGGAAGAAGAAAAAUCAAAGAACCUGACCAAGCUGAAGAACAAACACGAGUCUAUGAUAUCCGAGCUGGAAGUGCGUUUGAAGAAAGAGGAGAAGGGCCGGCAAGAGCUGGAAAAAACCAAGCGCAAGCUGGACGCUGAAUCCAAUGACCUGCAAGAGCAGAUUGCUGACCUGCAAGCCCAAAUUGCUGAGCUCAAAGCACAGCUGGCCAAGAAGGAAGAGGAACUGCAGGCCACCCUAGGAAGACUCGAAGAUGAGACAACCCAGAAGAACAAUGCCCUGAAGAAGAUCCGGGAGCUGGAGGGACACAUCUCAGACCUGCAGGAGGACCUGGAAUCGGAGCGUGCUGCUCGCAACAAAACAGAGAAGGCCAAACGCGACUUGGGAGAGGAGCUGGAGGCCCUCAGGUCUGAGCUGGAGGACACACUGGACAGCACAGCUACGCAGCAGGAGCUUCGGGCAAAACGAGAGCAGGAAGUGACGCUGUUAAAGAGGGCGAUGGAGGAAGAAAGCCGUUCACAUGAGGCACAAGUGCAGGAGAUGCGGCAGAAGCAUACGCAGGCUGUGGAGGAGCUCACUGAACAGCUCGAGCAGUCCAAGCGGGUUAAAUCUAACAUAGAGAAGGCAAAACAGGCACUGGAAAAGGAGUCCUCGGAACUGAGCGUGGAGGUGCGCUCACUGACCCAAGCAAAGCAGGACCUGGAGCACAAGAGGAAGAAGGUGGAAGGCCAACUGACUGACCUGCAGUCCCGCUUCAAUGACAGUGAGAGGCAAAAGGCAGAGCUUGGAGAGCGUGUCUCCAAGGUCACUGUGGAACUCGACAGCGUGACAAAUAUUCUCAAUGAAGCAGAAGGCAAGAACAUCAAGUUAAGCAAAGAUGUGGCAAGUCUGACCUCCCAAGUUCAAGAUGUACAGGAGCUGCUUGCAGAGGAGACACGGCAGAAGUUGAGCUUUUCAACUCGCCUCCGCCAGACAGAAGAUGAACGAAACUCACUUCAGGAACAGUUAGAUGAGGAGGUGGAGGCCAAGAGGACUGUGGAAAGGCAUGUCUCCACCCUCAAUAUACAGUUGUCAGACACAAAGAAGAAGCUGGAGGAGUUCGUCAGCAAUGUGGAACUUCUAGAGGAAAGUAAAAAGCGUCUACAGAGAGACUUGGAGGCAGCCAACACACAGUUUGAUGAGAAGGCCUCAGCCCAUGAAAAGCUGGAGAAGACAAAGAACCGCUUGCAGCAAGAGCUGGAGGAUCUUCUGGUAGACCUAGACAACCAGAGGCAGCUGGUGUCCAACUUGGAGAAGAAACAAAAGAAGUUUGACCAGAUGCUUGCUGAGGAAAAGAGUGUUUCCAGCAAAUAUGCAGAUGAGCGUGACCGUGCUGAAGCUGAGGCUCGUGAGAAAGAGACCAAGGCAUUGUCCCUAGCUCGGGCCCUGGAGGAAGCUCAGGAGUCACGUGAAGAACUGGAGAGAGUCAAUAAGGCCCUACGCACAGAGAUGGAAGACCUGGUCAGCUCCAAGGAUGAUGUGGGCAAGAAUGUACAUGAACUAGAGAAGUCAAAGCGCGGACUGGAGGCACAGGUAGAAGAGAUGAAGACCCAGCUGGAAGAGCUGGAGGAUGAACUCCAGGCAGCUGAAGAUGCCAAGCUUAGGCUGGAGGUCAACAUGCAGGCUCUCAAAGCCCAGUUUGAAAGAGAUCUGCAGGGCAGAGAUGAGCAAGGCGAGGAGAAGAAGCGACAGCUGGUGAAACAGCUGCGAGAGAUGGAGACAGAGCUUGAGGACGAGCGCAAGCAGAAAGCCACGGUUUCAGCUGCCAAGAAGAAGCUGGAAGGAGACAUCAAGGAUCUUGAGGGUCAGAUUGAGGCAUCCAACAAAGGAAAAGAUGAGGCUAUCAAACAGUUGCGCAAGAUCCAGGCCCAGAUGAAAGACUUCCAGAGAGAACUAGAUGAUGCUCGUGCAGCCAGGGAAGACGUACUGACCUCUGCCAAAGAAAGCGAGAAGAAGAACAAGAGUCUGGAAGCUGAACUUAUGCAGUUACAGGAGGACCUAGCUGCAGCGGAGAGAGCCCGUAAGCAGGCUGAAGCUGAGAGAGAUGAGCUGGCUGAUGAACUAUCUAGCAACACAUCUGGAAAGUCAGCCUUGUCUGAUGAGAAGCGCCGGCUGGAAGCAAAAAUUUCCCAGUUGGAGGAGGAACUUGAGGAGGAGCAGGGCAACAUGGAGAUACUCAACGACAGGCUAAGGAAGAGCGUGCAACAGGCAGAACAGCUGAACAAUGAGCUCCAGGCUGAGCGUACUACAGCUCAGAAGAAUGAGAGUUCACGGCAGCAGCUGGAAAGGCAGAACAAAGACCUGAAAGCCAAGCUGCAGGAGAUGGAAAACCAGGUCAAAUCCAAGUUCAAGGCCUCUAUCACUGCUCUGGAAUCCAAGGUGCAGCAGCUGGAGGAACAGCUGGAGCAAGAAAGCAGGGAGAAACAGGCAGCUGCCAAGGGUAUGAAGCAGAAAGACAAGAAGCUGAAGGACUUGAUGAUCCAAGUCGAGGAGGAACGGAAACAGGCAGAGCAGUACAAAGACCAGGGAGAAAAGACCAACACACGGCUGAAACAGCUAAAGAGGCAGCUGGAGGAGUCAGAGGAGGAGUCUCAGCGUAUAACUGCUGCUCGCAGAAAGCUCCAGAGGGAGCUGGACGAGGCCACAGAAGCCAAUGACGGCCUUACCCGAGAGGUCAAUGCACUGAAGAACAAACUCAGACGGGGAAACGAGCCCUCGUUCAGCAGCGCACCGCGGCGCUCUGGGGGCGGCAGUCGUAGGGCAGUGAUUGACAACAUGGAAGCUUCUGAGGAGGAUGCAGACCUACAGGGGGACCUCAAUGGAACCAAGAGUGCUGACUAGAAGAGUCCACGCUUCACCUUCAGUAUUUCAUUCCCAGUUCAUUGCUAUUUUCUCAGACAAAUGUGCUUACCGGUUAACACAAAUCAAACCAGGCAUAUAACAAUGUAACCACAGUUCUACACUGCAAACUCUCAACCAGACAGAUGCCUGAGUCAUUUGGAACAUCGUAUACCACUACUACUGAAUGCCAGAAAUGUGUGCAUUCUCGUGGCAAAAGCAAAAGAUUCAAAUUGAGGUUUGAGUUGUUCGCAUCUUGUUUGAUUUUCUGUCCUGUGCUGCACUUUUCUAUUCUGCGCUCUUAAAUCAUUACAUUCCUUCUCUGCAAACGUGAAACAUUACAGCCUCCAGAUACAGUGCUGCUGUUAGUCCCCGUUUUCUGCAGGUAACAUCAUUUGCUUUUGGAACGGCACCUUAUAUAACACAAUAGAUAAAAUCACUCAGGUAACAUCCCACAAAAUAUCAGAAUCUUGGUUAACUGUACUCAUGUAUAGUUGAGGACCGAUCAAAUUAAACAAAGGUCCUCCUACUCAGUUUUAAUGUAAUAAAUGAUUUAGUAAAAUAUUUAAAAAAAAAUAUAUUAGAAAAACAUGUAGUUAGUGUAAUAUAAGCCCCCACUUACCACAACUGCUGUGACUACUUAAAUGAAUUCUGACUGGUUCACGUAAGAGAUAUAUAUCCCUCAUUUUCAGUGUUGCAUUUAAUAAACUCAGAAAACUUUUAUCCACAUCCAACUACUCAACAUUGGGCCUUCAUUUUGAAAAUAAUUGUAGGGUUCUUCUGAAUAGUUAUAUUUGAUAACUAGAAAACAUAAAUAGGUUUCUCAUUGGGAAUCUUACCUACAUAUUUAUGAAAACACCAUAAACCUCUGAUGGCCCAACCAGGUGUGCUGAAGGAGUUUAAGAGGCUGUCAUAUUGCAUAAUUUUAUUCCUUUGAGUGCAUGGUCAAUGUCUAAGCCUGUUUUUAAAGAGCUAAUAGAUUCCACUCAGUUUAAUGAGACCUGUUCAAAUGACUGGUUAUGAAAUAUAGCAACAUAAGAUCUCAAACACCGGUUCAUGCAAAUGUCUGUUGUAUGUUAUUUUCACAAUAUUCCAUUAAAUUCAUAACAAUUAGGAUGUAUUUUGUGUGCCUUAAAAAGCUUAUGCUGCAAUGGUUAGGAACAAAAUAUCCUUUCAAAGAAUACAUUACCAUGUUGUAAAUUUAGUAAUCUAGGCUUUGAAUUUCACGAAAAAGAAUGCCCCUCCUCUUAUUGGGUCAGGCAUUUCAAAGAAUGUAACUACCAAAUAAUCAAUGCAACCUUAUUAGAACAUUAAUAUUUUAAAAUGUAUUUGUUCAGAUAUAACACAGAUUCACGUACUGAUCACUAUUCCAGUUGAAUUACCCCAAUUUUCCUUCGAUUAAACUGACAUUAACAUGUCACUUAUCGCAAUGUAUUUGUGAACCACUUGCACGUAAAAUAAAGUGUGUCAACACAA